GUCAGUAGCCAAGCCAGGAAAAAGCCAUAGCCCGCAGCUUUCAGAUUAGCCAUGUCCCUCGCGCCUCCUCCGUGCCCGCCUCCUCUGCUCCGCCUCCGCGGCCCCCGCCGCGACGCCGCCCUCUCCGCCGCCGUCCCAUCCCGCCCUCUCUCCGGAUGCCUCGCCACCGGGCGGGGCCCCGGCUCCGGCCGCCCCUACUGCCUUUUCUCCGGCGCCGGCCGCCGGAAGCAGGAGGAAGCUAGGAGAGGGCUGGAGAGUGCCGUAGACCAGAACAAGACGGGGUUUGGGACAUGGGGCGUGGAAACUGAUACAAGGCGGCGAAGAGACCCGCGUGGUGGUCCGGGUCCUGCUGCCGGUGGCGGUGGCAGGGGAAGGCCUGCAGGAGGAGGAGGAGGUGGUGGUGGAGGUGGUUGGUUCAGGUGGUUUAGCAGCGGAGGCUUCUGGGACGCGGCGAAGCAGACCGUUCUGACGAUCCUCGGCAUUAUCUCUGCGGUCUUCCUCAUCGCGAAUUUCAACGUGCUUCUGGGGGCUGCCGUCUACCCGUUGCUGGUCGUGCUGCGGCAAAUACGGCGCGCACUCACCUUUGCGGCUUAUUGUGUUUCUCGGGCCAUGUCGGCGCCCGCUUCCAGGCCGAAGCCAACUCCUGUAGACAGCGCUGAAGUGGUGGCUGCAGCGCCUGUCAAAGAAAGAGCCAGAAUGUCUGCAGCAGAAAGAGUUGUUGCAAAAUGGCGUUCGGACUGAAUUAGAGGACAUUUCAGUGCCUUGCGAGUUAUACUACUGAUUUUUCGGCUGGUCAGAUAGUUUUGAUACCAUAACUGUACAAGUUCUGUUUCUUGUUUUCGAGGAAGUGGCGGGAGCAGAGACUUUAUAUUAGAAGUAGAUGGCGUUACAGCUAUUUAUAUUUGAAUGGGUUAAUUAUAAGCACUACUUCUGUGGAAGAUACUUUGGAAAUUCCACAUUUACUUGUAGCUGGUGGUUCGAUUUGAGGUCUGGACUUGAUCGGCGAUAUAUAUGGUUAUACAGGCAGCUUUCAACAGCAGCAGACUAAGCCUGCCAAGUCUGAACUCUGAGAAUGUUUUCAGGUCAUGUUCAA